CAGAGCAACAACAGACUAAUGCAGCGGCUCACAUUUGGUUUUGAGCGAAUGUUGUGCAUUAUGAAAUGUAGCUAAACACCUUAGGAGAGUUAUGCUAUUGAAAUGGUUCUUCUUGUGUAAAAACAUGCGCUUCAACUGCCUGCUUCCAAAAUGAAGAUGCGGCUCUAGAGAAAGCUACAAAUAUACUGUGUAUUUCUUGCAGCUAGCUAUGACUUAUUUCAUGUCCUCGCCACUGGUCUACAAGGGCAGGUUAUAUCUGUAUCAUACUAUUACAUCAAGUACAGCUAGAUUCAUCAAACUCACACAUCAACAGCAAAGAACAGUAUUCCUCGCUCCAAGGCAAAGGGAUGUCCACGGUCUACGUCCAAGCCAAGACAGGACAGUCUGGUGGCCUGGGUUUCGAGGACUGUUCUGUAGAGGAGGAGUGGAGGACUCCAAGCAGCAGACGCUAGAGGACCUCACUAAGAACAUCAGAGGCGGACAGUACAAGAGGAUCAUAGUGAUGGCAGGGGCUGGGAUCAGCACACCUAGUGGGAUCCCAGACUUCAGGUCCCCUGGCAGUGGUCUCUAUGACAACCUCCAGCAGUAUAAUCUUCCUUACGCAGAAGCCAUCUUCGAGAUCAACUACUUCCAUCACAACCCCAACCCUUUCUUUGCCCUGGCCAAAGAGCUGUACCCAGGCAACUACCAACCCAACCUCACACACUUUUUCAUACGUCUCCUUCAUGACAAGGGCCAGCUCCUCAGAAUGUACACGCAGAAUAUCGACGGCCUGGAGAGACUGGCAGGAAUCCCCACUGAGAAACUGGUGGAGGCACACGGCUCGUUUGCUACUGCUACCUGUACUGUGUGUCUCAGAGUCUACAAGGGGGAGGAGCUACGUCCUGAUAUUAUGAAGGGGACAGUCCCUAAAUGUCCCACUUGUAAGGGUGUGGUGAAGCCUGACAUUGUCUUCUUUGGGGAGGAACUACCUCCUCACUACUUCAGCUACCUGAAGGACUUCCCCCUGGCAGACCUCCUCAUUAUCAUGGGUACCUCUCUGGAGGUGGAGCCCUUUGCCAGUCUGGCCGGAGCUGUGAGGGACUCUGUCCCUCGUCUACUUAUCAACAGAGACCUGGUGGGGCCCUUCGUGGGGACCCCGCGACACAAUGAUGUGGCCCAGCUAGGGGAUGUGGUCGGUGGUGUGCAGAUGCUGGCUGAUGUCCUGGGCUGGAACCACCAGCUGGAGGCUCUCAUGGCUGCCAAUGCUAAGAAUGUUGGUUCAUGGGAAAUCAUCUGAUUUACACACGUGUUACGUACGC